GAUACUCGAGCUCUAGAUAUUCGCAGGAUAUCGAUGAUGAUACAUAUCAGAUCUAUAUCUCUAGAUAUAUAUCCUUAUAUAUAAACCAAAGCAAAGGUCUUUGCUCUGUUUCUUUCUUCCAAACCAUUCAUCGAAUCAUACUCAUUCAAGCAAAGUUUAAGCCUCCAAGACAUGGACGGGACGACUGGCUGCGGAGAGAUUGGCGUCGUUGCUAUGUCGCCUGAAGAUGCUCUUGCAGCUUGGUUCAGGAAGAGGUUUCCCAACCAAGACAAACCGGCCACGAUUGGCACGAAGUCCUCAGGCAAUAAUCAGCAUCUAAAGGCUAAGGAGUUGGAGGAGAAGAUCACUGUGAAUCCCGGGGCCGGUGCUGUCAGGCCCUCUCGAGGCACUACCAGCAGUGCUACUGCCUGCCCAAAGUCCAAGAACCACAUGAAACAAAGCAUAUUUUUCAUUGGAUUCCCGCAGAAAGAGGCAGGGGAUGAUAGUCGGGCAAUCGGGUUUGGGGAUUUGGUCAAGAGCUGUGCGUCGUGCAAGAAGGAGUUCGAGUCGGAAAAGGACGUCUACAUGUAUCGCGCGAGCGCAUUCUGUUCACUCGAGUGCAGAGAUAAAAGGAUUGCAUCGGAUGGGUACACCAGAAAGCAAGUCGGCCUCAAGAAUAAUGUCGGUGGUACUACUCCCAAGCCAUUGGGAAAGAAUCCGAGCAUUCGACCUGCGCAUGCAUAGACGGACACGUAGAGAUCUGCUUAAUUCCAGGAAAGUUUUCGAUCCUUAUUUUCUUUUUAUGUUAUAUAUAUAUAUAUUAGUCUGCCAUAAGUGAAAUUUAUCCAAAAAAAAGUAAAAAAAAAUAAAAAAAAAAAAAAAAAAAGAGUAAAAAGAUUAGGUAGUUUUAGGGCUUCUUGAAAUUUGUUUGCUUUUGAUGAUUUUACUGCUUGAUUUUCUUUUAUAGUUGUUUUAUUAGGUCAACGAGUCUAAUAUCUACUGCGAUGGGUGAACGUUAUAUUAGGUAUUGAUGCUGGUUGAGAUUUGCUUCUUUCGAUUUACUUUGCCGCUUGAAAUUUGUUAGGAUGCUACCUUAGUUAGGAUAGGAUAGGAUAGGAUUCAUUGAUAUUUUUGCUCUUUUAAAUGGUUGCCUUAUUUUUGUCGAGUUGAUCUGACUUGCUAAUGGCAUAUAAUUCCAUGUUCGAUGAUUGAAUCAAUUGUCCUGGUUCUCGUGUGAUAUCGAUAUAACAAAUUCAUGAAUCGAGUAAAGAUAAGAUUUUCUUGCCAUGCAUCCCCCCCCCUAGGUAGGUCAGGGAUCCCCAAGCACUAUGUUUAAUCUCCAGUCAUUAUUUGCAUGUUAGUUAAGAGAAAGUUUAUGUUUUUUUUAUUGGAUUUACAAGGUCGUAUCAUUUAAAGUUUGCUUUUAUUUUCUCUCGAAGCAAAAAUGCAGACAACAUAUUUCUUUAGAGAUGAUUAAGGCAAUGAUUAAGUAAUGGGGCAUCAUUCAGAAAGUGGAAAGAAAAGCAUUUAUAACGGGCAUAAGUAGCUAGGCAUGUUCGUCGGAUGAUCGAUGGUUGAGUGGCUUAAUUUAAAAUUUCCAUAUUUCUCCUAGGCCAAAAGCAUAUCCAAAAGAAAUAAAAGGAGUUAUGUGUCGUGAUAUCAAAAGAAUAUGUAUAAGUUUGCUUUUUCCUGAGGCAUCUAAAGACAAAACCAAAGCCUAGUGCUUCAUGUAGUGCCUAGAUCUCGUCUCCUAUGUGGGAGAGAUACAAAGACCUUCCGAUUCAAAAACCCUCAUUUCAAAGAGAAGUCCUUAUGAUCUAAAUUUUGAUUUUUUUGCCUGCAUUCGCCGAGAGAGGAAAGACAAAGCAAAUAUCUUAUUAUCACGAGCUAAGUAAUGAUGCAUUAAUUACAUGGACUCAUCGAGACUGCAUACAUUUGACUGGUUCGGAGAUUAAAUGCACACACACUGCACGGGAUCCCUUUCCGUAUACAUUAUUUGGAUGUGCAAGUGAACUGAAUUUUGAACUCGAUGAUGAUUGGAUCAAUUUAAUCACGAGAUCACAAUACAUAUAACUCUUUGAGAACAUGUGUCCUUCUUGCUAUAUCGGAUCAAUGCGACUCAAUUAGCUUACACUUUUUUCAUCCUAAAAAGAAAUUGGCCAAAAUUCUGAGUUUUGGGGUAUAUGAUAGGGAUGGGAAUCAAUGUUAUCUUUUAAAUAUGCUUAUAAUAUAAUAUUAUCUGAUCAAUAUUUCUUCGACAUAUUAUGAUACCGGGAAAUGAAGAUAAUGCAAGAAAAUGCAGGUAUUUUCGAAUCCCUCAUUCAUUUCUCCCUCAAAUUAUAAUUUAUCCCUCAAAUUAUAAUUUAAUUCUCAUUUAAGUAUCGGAGAGGGAAAUCGAGAUUCCCUCUCGAUCUCCCCUUUUUGCAGGUCGUUCGGGAUUCGUUUGUGGACGACUCUCGCCAUGCUUAUCUUAUGGAAGACAAGUUCUCAUUGAAUAAAGAGUUCAAAGUUUCAAAUGGCCAGCAAACCGUACUUCAUAUAAGGGAGGUGCAUUCGGAAUGCUCUGUAUUCCUGCAGAUCUCAUCAUUUCGGCUGGAAUAUUGCUGAAAGAAUCCCGUGAACGCAAACUCUGUUUAUCGGCAUGUAAGCAUAAUCUCCUUCUCAACUUUACUAGUUAGAUCGUACAAGGGAAUAAGGAGAUUGUAAUCACCAUGUCAACUGCAAUAUUUUUUACUGUCUAUACGAACUCCCACUGAUGGAUGUAUAUUAACUGAUUUUGUCAAUGUAACUUUAAUCUGGAAUAAAUCAAUAUCAAUCGAGCGAUUAGUACGUCGUCUUCUCGGAAAGACAUGGUCAAUUAAAGAUAGAGAAUGAGGUACUGAUAAGUCAGAACAGAAGUGGAAUGAGAUCUAUAUGCAAACCUUAUCCAACAUGCGGUUUUCCAGGAAGCCUUUUGAGAACUGGAAAGACCAUAGAACUUCUUCACGUGAGCCAUUUUGAUCUGACCAAGCAAAAGCCUCUCCGAUUUCAUGUCCCCAUGCAAAA